AUGGAAGAGCACCGAGACCAUCGGAAGAAGACUCUUCCCUUCUAUCAACGGAUGGCAACCGGAACAUACGAGAAUGUCAAUUUGCAGCUGCCUUCCAAUGAAGACUUACGCGAGAAUGGUAUCUACAACAUCUCGACGUUUCAAAAUGAUAUCUCGACCCCGGAGAAGGGACACAGAAUAUCGUUGAUCCGUCCAAAGGCUGAUAAUUAUCACGUUGAGGGCGACGAGCUCCAGAUCUCUGCAACCAAAGACCAUGUUCAGUCAAUUUUAACGCCAUCUACUAUCAUAUGCAUACCGAUAGCACUCCUUGCUGCUACAUUACUUGCACUGGUUCUUAGCUUCAGAGUCAGCCCUCAACCAAAUCUCUUUGAUCCCACACUGUCGGAUCCAACAGGUGGAGGAUAUAUCUUGGUGAACUUCUCAGCUACACGGUUGGUCUUUGUGGCGAGCUUCCUAUCCACCAUUGCACCUUUGCUUGGUUCCUAUAUCAUGGCUCUUACGGCUUUGCCUGUGUCUAGGGACCUUAAAAUUGCUUCAAGUAACUCGGAGUUUCUCAGACUACCAACUCCCUUUCAAAUGAGCCUGUUGAUCGGAAUCCUCGUGGCAGCCACUGAUCAAUUGCGGUCUUAUUUUGGAUAUCUGAUGAAUCCAAAGCACCGGGCUGGAAUCCCUCCAGUUUUACAUCGUUCUGCUUGGAUGCUGACCUUGAGUAUCAUUUUGGCGGGCGGGGUUGCCAUCAGCGACGCGGUACUACACUAUACCACUUCGACGGUCGAGUUUGACCAAGUCUUCGUGCAAGCAGAGCCCGAUAAGGAAUUUGGUCGAGGAGUCUCGGAGUUUUGCCUAAGUUUCGACCGAGAGAAAAUUGGGCUGCCAUGCUCUGUCGAGUACGACUUCGUGGAUCCGAAUAAGAACUUUGAGCAAACUGAGGCUAGCAGAUUAAUGCACAAUACCUCCCAGCUUUCAGCGAUUCGAUUUGCGAAUGUGGAGGAGUCAAAAGGGACAGAAAUUGCAUAUUUAACCGCGUCCGAUGAGUCAAUCGCAGCCGAAACUGAUUUCCAGGCCACUACAAUCGGCAUUUCCACAACCUGCGAACUAGUACCAGCCUCUAGCUGUGACAUGGCCAGUUGGGGGCCGAACGAGGUCUACACUAACUUCAGCUGCUCAGACAUGUUUCAUGGGACAAUUGGCAAGCCUCCCAAUGUGAGCGACGUAAGCUCCGUGCGUGUUCCUGACGCAUAUCGGUCAUUCCUAAUGUACAAACCGGCGCAAAACCUCAUGUACACUUUCUUCAACGACUCAUCAAUGAAGACGGUGUACAACACCGUAGGAUGGAACGACUCAGGACUUUUCGAUCUCAGUCUCUUUCCACUCAAGGAUUCCCAGCUGGUCAACCCAUUUUACCUGGGGUUAGCUGGCCGCAUUGAGUACUCCUCCUUUGAGUCUAACAGUGAGAUGUUGACCACGAAUGACACCAAGAGGGAUCAAUAUGAUUCAAUCGUCGACUUCAUUGUCAACUGCGCAGUAACUUCGUACGAUGUCAAUUACACCUGGGUGAAUCAGACGCUGCACAACAUUUCCAUGACACCAACAACCAAUGGCAGCGUUCUCGAGAUCUUCCACGGCUCUCAACUCUAUUCUACAGUCAGUGGAGGCAGCUUUGAUCUCCAAGAUUUUAUCGACCAAGCCUCCAUGACAGGGACCACAACAGAAUCGUUCCUUGGCAAAUUCGGCAGCCUGUACUCAUCCAAAGUACUGGCAAAGAUUGGAGGAUACAACAGCCAGCGGACGGCAUUGCAACAGCAACAUCGAGAACAUAUGUUGCUAUCAAAAGUACCGAUCGCCCCCCUUGCUUUGCUGAUCGCAUGGAGUUUUGCUUACCCUGUUUUGGGCUUGGCGCUUGCCGUCAAGGCUUACCGUGCGGCUCAGUACAAUGUCAAGGACAUCGCCUCAAAGCUGAGUCUGCUUGGUUUAUCACAAGCAGCAUUUGGAGAUCAGCCAGGCCCCCCUUCGAGAAGUGCGGGCCUGUCGAGAGAAGAUGUGACUCAGCUAUUGAAGAAGGAGACAAGGAGGAUCCUCGUAGACGGUGACGAGCAGCAAGGGUUCGAGUUCAGGGUGGUUGUCUGA